AUGCGCGCAUUUUUCGAGAAACCGCGGAAACUCGGCGUGUUGCCACGAAUGGUCAAAAUCCAGCACCAGCAGCUAGAACAACUCCAACACCAACAAAAUGGCUCAUCACCAGCCGCAGCAGGAACCACAACGUCAUCAGCAUCCAACAGAAGCAAUUUGAAAAUGUCCAUCUCGUCCAGUUCCCUCAACGACUCGGUGUCGUCGUCGUCGUCGUCGUCGUCGUCGACAAGCAGCAGCGAACCCAAACCCGGGCUCGGAAUGUCGUCGGAAUGCUCCGAAGACCAGCUGUCGACGUCUGACGACGCCAGUGCCUCGUCUGACGAGGAUGACCCGACUGGGUCACGUCAGGUCGAUAAUAAUAAGACCACACCCGUCGUCGUGUGCUACAAAGGACCGUAUAUUGAGCAGGAAGAAGAGCGGGAAGUGUUGUGCAACAUCAACAACGCAUUCCUCACCAAGAAGAAGCUGCAUCAGGCCAGACACAUGCUCCAGGUGCUGCAAGUGGCACACAGAGGAUUGUUGGCCAACAAGAAUGAGCUGGAACUCCGCAAGGAGCAGGAGGAUCAAGACCAAGAUCAGUGGGCGGCAGAUUUCCAAAAAUCGCAGAAUAACGUGGAAGAAAUCUUGCAAAUGAUUGAGAAGACAGAAGCAAUCGUGGAUCAUUACACCAGGAAAUACAAGGAUUUCGUCGACUCCGGAGAAACUCGUGGCCUCGACGACUUGUUCGAAUAAUGAACCAUUCAAAAAUUGAAUAUUCAACAUCAGAAGAAAUUUUUUCGUCUUCCAAAGUUUUCGAGCGCUGCUAUAUACCGAUGUUGAAUUAUUAUUUUUGUUGAUGUACAGAGGUUCUGUAUUUAAGAAGAAAGAAAAAACUAGCAAACUAAGUUUGCUUCAUGCAAGGGGAAAAGCAAAUUUCCCCGUAUUUUUUGUCGAUAUUGUUGCCAUUUCGAUGCCUCUCAAGCCAACUUGCACGAGCAAAAGAAAAUUGCAUCUGUUACAAUGAAGUGCUUCUCUCCAUUAUA